AUGCGCAGCGAGCAAGCUUGCAAAGCUCGUAAAAAGCAGAAGCGGCGUUGCGACAAGGCUCUUCCAGAGUGUAGCUUAUGCAAGCGGACCCAACGCCUUUGCGAAUAUGGCAUCGCGACUGACUCCCAGCCAACUGCUAGUGAUUGGAGCAUGAUGCAAGCACGUCUCACUGAGCUUGAAAAUCGCCUGGCCAAUUCUCCGAGAGCUACCGAGCAGCAUAUCUUGAGCCCCCCAAUCUCAGGCCCAUUGUUGGAACAGGGAUCAACGCCAGGCGCGACAUUCUGCGACUCCAUCGUUACGCACAGCAUCGAGUCCAAUAGCAUCAUCUCAUUGUCUCAAUCUAUCGAUCUUACGCCUGCGUACUCCACUGUCGAAUAUUCUGGUUCGGCAUUGCAGACGCGUUUUCCGGCCUCUAUGUUUCUACCAAGCAGGAAAGAACUCUAUCAGGUAUUUCUUAUCACGGGUGCUUCUGACGGAUUGGGCAAGGAACUUGCUUCAAUUCUAUAUCAUAAAAAUGGAAAGAUCUACCUGGCCGCUCGCUCUCGAUCCAAGGCCGAUGAGGGUAUGAGAGAUAUCAAGGCAGCUCAUCCGAAAUCAAUCGCUAGCAUGAUCUUCUUACCACUAGUCCUUGACGAUCUCACUACUAUCAAGGCUUCAGCCCAAGGAUUUCUCGCACAGGAGAGCCGGCUUGAUGUACUCUACAACAACGCUGGUGUAAUGGUACCCCCGCAAGGGUCUAAGACAGUACGCUCGAAGGACUGCCGGAGAAGCGUCAUCAGCAUUGUUCGUCAUUUUAUAUCCUCUUCUUUACUAGAUUCCAGGAACUAA